CCACGCUGGAGGAGAACAAGCUAUACGUGAAAAAUAUUCCCAAAGAAAUAACCAAAAGGGAUCUAAUUAAUUUCUUUUGUAACGAAACUGGGUUUGUAGACACGAGGAUGGUACGCGACUCUUCAGGGAAGCCUAAAUAUUUUGCAUACGUUGAAUUUGAUAGCAAAGAAAAUGCAGCCAAUUUUUUUGGAACCCUAAAGGAAAGCAAUGUGGAUAAGUACAAAACGUUUAAAAUAAAAGGAGUCGAUCUGUAUGUAGCUAUUUGCAACUCGACUAAAAUUAUAUUUGAGGAAAUGAAGAUUUUUAUUAAGUUUGUUGAUUGUCCUGCGGACAUGGAUGAGGUGGUGAUUAAGAAGGACGUUUCGGAUUUCCUCGCGAAGCACGAGGUGGCCGUGGAAGAGAUCCGCCUCCUCGGAGGCAACCCACCCACGCACGGCUACGUGCAACUGCACAACAACGAAGACGUAGUGAAAUGCGUGGAGGACGUCAAGGAAGGGACCAUCAAAAAUGUGCACUUUACCCUAAAUUAUAGCAUCCCAAUAAUUAAAAAAAAAAUCAUCCCAGAUGUAGAAAAAAUCAAAGCAAAUAAGGAAAAAAAUAAAAAACUCCAAGAGGAAAAAAAAAAAGAGGAAAAUAACUCUACCAUUGUUGUAAAAAAUUUGCAUUUCAACACAAGGAUGUACAAACUGAAAAAGUUAUUCGAACAGAUCGGUGAAAUUGAAAAAAUUCAUCUGAGUAAGAAGGUAUCCGAAAAUAAUAUUAAACGGAAUAGAGGCUACGCUUUUAUUACAUUUAAAAAUAUCAGUGAUGCCACAUCUGCCCUUAUUCUUAAUGACUCUCUCGUUGACGGGAGAAGCAUUUUGGUCUCCAAGUUCCUGGAGGAUGAUAGUAGGGCCAAGCAUAGAGAGGGUAGUACCCACAUGGGUGGACAGCUCCAUGGGGAGCAUGACACGGAGGAACAACAACAACCCCCACGAGGGGAAAAGUGUAACACCAAUAGGAGAGGCAACUACCACCAUGUUAAUCACAACGUGAGGAGUAACCACCCUCAGGAAAGAAGAAGAAUUAAUUUGAACAAGUCAGGCGAUCCAAAUGUAGCAGUGGAAAAAAGAACCGAUCAAACGGAGGGAGAGGAACCCACUCCACUAACCAACGAUGACUUCCGAAAAUUUUUUUUAAAUAAUUCAUUCUUACUUUUUUUUUUUCUUUUUUUAAUUCAUAGUAUGUUUUUAAAAAGGUUUACAU